CAGAGGACUCACACAGGAGAGAAACCCUAUGAGUGUCCAGAGUGUGGGAAACGUUUCAGUGAGAAUUACCACCUGGUGACACACCAGAGGACUCACACUGGAGAGAAGCCAUAUGAGUGUCCGGAGUGUGGGAAAAGUUUCAGUCAGAAAUACAACCUGGUGACACACCAGAGGACUCACACAGGAGAGAAACCCUAUGAGUGUCCAGAGUGUGGGAAAGAUUUCUCUUCGAAAUCUGUCCUGGUAAACCAUCAAAGUACUCACACAGGAGAGAUACCAUAUAAAUGUCAUUGUGGGAAACGUUUUAGUAGGAAUUACUACCUAAUGAACCAUCAAAGGACUCACACAGGAGAGAAACCAUAUAAAUGUCAUUGUGGGGAAAGUUUCAGACAGAAUUCCCACCUGGUGACACACCAUAGGACUCACACAGGAGAGAAGCCAUAUGAGUGUCCGGAGUGUGGGAAACGUUUCAGUCAGAGAUACACCCUGGUGACACACCAUAGGACUCACACAGGAGAGAAACCAUAUAAAUGUCAUUGUGGGAAAAGUUUUAGUCAGAAUUCCUAUCUGGUGAAACAUCAGAGGACUCACACAGAAGAGAAGCCAUAUGAGUGUCCGGAGUGUGGGAAAAGUUUCAGUCAGAAAUACACCCUGGUGACACACCAGAGGACUCACACAGGAGAGAAGCCCUAUGAGUGUUCAGAGUGUGGGAAAGAUUUCUCUUUGAAAUCUGCCCUGGUGAACCAUCAAAGGACUCACACAGGAGAGAAACCAUAUAAAUGUCAUUGUGGGAAAAGUUUUAGUAAGAAUUACUACCUGGUGAACCAUCAAAGGACUCACACAGGAGAGAAACCAUAUAAAUGUCAUUGUGGGAAAAGUUUUAGUCAGAAUUCCUAUCUGGUGAACCAUCAAAGGACUCACACAGGAGAGAAACCAUAUAAAUGUCGUCAUUGUGCGAAAAGUUUCAGUCAGAAAAUCAACCUAGUGACACACCAGAGGACUCACACAGGAGAGAAGCCAUAUGAGUGUCCAGAGUGUGGGAAAAGUUUCUCUUCGAAAUCUGCCCUGGUGAACCAUCAGAGGACUCACACAGGAGAGAAACCCUAUGAGUGUCCAGAUUGUGGGAAAGAUUUCUCUUGGAAAUUUUCCCUG